CAUCACCAUGUCCUGUGCAGAGGAGGUCGGUAUUUACUUUUUGAGUGGGUGAUGGCGCAACUGAACAAUAAUUAACCUAUCCCAAUCGGAUUUGAGAGGAUUUGCUCAACUUUGUCAGAUAAUAUGACAAUUCCUGACAAAAUGUUCCUCAGCUGUCUUGGACUGGUCCUUGUCUUGUCUCACCCCGGAGUACUUCAUGUCCAAACCUCUGCAGAGCACUGUUCUGCUCCCCAGCUGGAGGGAGGUUUUUUAGUGCCUGAACUACAAUUCUAUUUGCAUGAAAGCAAACUCGCAUAUGCUUGCAACUUUGGACAGAAACCAGCAGUGGAGGGCUGGUGGGCCACCAGUGUAUGCCUGAAUGGCUUAUGGUCUCAUACACCACAAUGUAUCGAUGAGAACGCCUGCUUUACACCAGAUAUUCCAAAUGGAAAAUACAAUGAAAGUCCUGAAGGCUUGUGGUACAAAGAAGGAUCAGUCAUUCGAAUAAAAUGUGACGAAGGAUACAAUCCCAAAGGUUUGGGAGCAACAGCCACGUGUCGAAAGGGGGCUUGGUCAGCUUUGCCGGUUUGUGAACGAAGUGAAAUGUCUUGUAAUGCGCCGCCUAAUAUCCCGCACGCUGUUGUCCUUCACAAGUACCAGGACACAUAUGCAGCAGGCUCCGAGGUGCACUAUGAAUGUGAAGACGGAUACAGUGUUGAGGGUGCAAACUCCAGGAAGUCUGUCAGUUGUCUUGCUGGGUCCUGGACACCAGCUCCAAGCUGCACAAUAUCCAAGCCAGGUCCUGAAAAUGAUGGAGACACAUCAGGUGGCAUGACAAAACCUGUUGAUGGAAGUAAAGGAAGAAUGGGGCAGGGUGUUGGUGAUACUGAUGCCAGAGUUGGUGCUCCUACUGGUGGGGCCACCACUGGUGUCAGUACUGGUGGUUCUACGGCGAGUGAAACAGGAUCUGUAACUACUUCUGACAAGACAGAGAGCUCAAAUUCACCCCUGGUCAUAGCAGUUUCCAACUGUGGCUCAUACCCAAAAGUUCCAAAUGGUGACGUUGUGCGAAAAAGAACAAUGUCGUUAAGAUAUGCAUGCAAUAGUUUUUACAAAAGGGUCGGUCCAGAGACAGUGGUGUGCUACAGUGAUGGGACUUGGUCAGAACUACCUACAUGCAAAGAAGCAUUUUGUCAACUGAAUCUUGACGAGUACGCAAGCUACAAUUUCCAAGAAUCUGGAACAUUCAUUCUAAAAGAACGAGAAACCAAGAGAGUUCAGUGUACCUGGCCUGAUUACACCAGCCGAAUUUCGUGCACGAAAGGGAAAAUUAAGAUCAGCCCAUGUAAGAUCACACUUCACACUCUCAGUGAUCAUUUACAUCACCGUUGUCAUUACUACUUUCAUUGUUUUCCUUUAUUGCUUAGGUUGUCACGACAUGUACCACCAUUACGUAAGUGUUUUUUUCAGACCAUUAGAAAAAUGUAUUUCAUGUAUUAUAGAUAAUCAUUCAUUCUUAACCAAUGAUGAGCAUGUCUGCUUGAUAGUUUUCCACUGAGAUUCAUCUGUUGCUAACUUGUUUUCUUUCUGUUACAAUUUGGAAACAGAAUAGGUGCUACUGACUGAUGGUCAUCCCUUGGGAUACUGCUUCCACGUGAAGACAGCAGUACAGAAAAGCAUCCACAAUAGUUUGUCAUUAAAAAAAACAACAACAGUA